CAUUCUUGGCUAAACCUCCUUAACCCACCUAUAAAAGUCUCACCUUUCUCCGAUGAGUUUUGUGGAAAAAUUACACAUUAAUCACCCAAGUAAGCUCUUUAGCUUCUGCUUUUGAUCUCUGUUUCUCGCUUUCUUCUGGUUUCGACGUUGGAUUCAGCAAGCUAGCGCCAGUAAUGGCUAAAACAGAAGGCAAAGCGAUUGGUAUCGAUUUGGGUACCACGUACAGUUGCGUCGGAGUGUGGCAGAAUGACAGGGUUGAGAUCAUCGCCAAUGACCAGGGUAACCGGACGACUCCCUCUUAUGUCGCCUUCACAGAUACCGAGAGGUUGAUCGGUGAUGCGGCCAAGAACCAGGUCGCCAUGAACCCGUCCAACACUGUCUUCGACGCUAAGCGACUCAUUGGUCGGAGAUUUUCUGACCCAUCUGUGCAGAGUGACAUGAAGCUAUGGCCUUUCAAGGUUAUUUCCGGGCCCGGUGACAAGCCGAUGAUCGUUGUUCACUACAAGGGAGAGGAGAAGCAUUUCUCUGCUGAGGAGAUUUCUUCGAUGGUGCUGAUCAAAAUGAAGGAAAUUGCCGAGGCGUUCUUGGGUCAGACCAUCAAGAACGCUGUGGUCACCGUGCCGGCCUACUUCAACGAUUCGCAGAGGCAGGCCACGAAAGAUGCUGGUGCGAUCUCUGGGCUUAAUGUGAUGAGGAUUAUUAACGAACCCACUGCAGCUGCGAUUGCUUAUGGAUUGGACAAGAAGUCGUCGAGGUCCGGCGAGCACAACGUUCUUAUCUUCGAUUUGGGUGGUGGGACUUUCGAUGUUUCACUGUUGACGAUCGAAGAAGGUAUCUUCGAAGUAAAGGCCACCGCUGGAGACACUCAUCUGGGUGGAGAGGACUUCGACAACCGCCUUGUCAACCACUUCGUUGCAGAGUUCAAGAGGAAGCAUAAGAAGGACAUCAGCGGCAACGCGAGGUCUCUCAGACGGUUGAGGACUGCAUGUGAGAGGGCCAAGCGAACUCUGUCUUCGACUACGCAGACGACCAUUGAGAUUGAUUCUCUCUACGAAGGUAUCGACUUCUAUUCUACGAUUACUCGUGCUCGGUUCGAGGAACUGAACAUGGAUAUGUUCAGAAAGUGCAUGGAACCGGUGGAGAAGUGUCUUCGGGAUGCGAAGAUCGACAAAAGCCAAGUUCAUGAGGUCGUUCUAGUUGGUGGGUCGACUCGAAUUCCCAAAGUCCAGCAACUGCUUCAAGAUUUCUUCAAUGGCAAAGAGCUCUGCAAAAGCAUCAACCCCGACGAGGCUGUGGCGUAUGGGGCUGCUGUUCAGGCUGCAAUUUUGAGCGGUGAGGGCAAUGAGAGGGUCCAGGAUCUGUUGUUGCUGGAUGUCACGCCUCUGAGUCUGGGUCUAGAGACCGCCGGUGGUGUCAUGACAGUCUUGAUUCCGAGAAACACCACCAUCCCCACCAAGAAAGAGCAGAUAUUCUCCACUUACUCCGACAACCAGCCCGGCGUCCUCAUUCAGGUCUACGAGGGUGAGCGUGCUCGAACCAAGGACAACAACCUGCUCGGCAAAUUCGAACUAUCCGGCAUUCCACCGGCACCCAGAGGAGUCCCACAAAUCAAUGUCUGCUUCGACAUUGAUGCAAAUGGUAUUCUGAAUGUGACUGCAGAGGACAAGACGGCCGGAGUGAAGAACAAGAUUACGAUCACAAAUGACAAGGGUAGGCUGAGCAAGGACGAGAUUGACAAAAUGGUUAAGGAUGCGGAAAGAUACAAGGCAGAGGAUGAAGAUGUGAAGAAGAAGGUAGAGGCCAAGAAUGCAUUGGAGAAUUACGCUUAUAACAUGAGGAAUACUGUGAAAGACGAGAAGUUCGCCGGGAAAUUAAACCCAGCAGACAAGGAGAAGAUUGAGAAGGCGGUUGAUGAUACGCUGCAUUGGUUGGAAGCAAACCAGUUGGCAGAGGUAGAGGAGUUCGAAGAUAAAUUGAAGGAAUUGGAGGGGUUGUGUAACCCGAUCAUAGCAAAGAUGUAUCAAGGAGCUGGUGGAGAUGUGCCCAUGGGAGGUGAUGACGCUGGGUAUAAGGGUGGCUCUGGUACUGGUGCUGGGCCAAAGAUUGAAGAGGUUGACUAGGGCGGAGUCUGGAGUUGGGAGGUCUUUAGGUUGUGGGUGCUCUGUUUCAGGAAUUUGGUUGCUUUGAUAUUGAUCUUGCCUGUUAGGAGUUAGGAUUUGAUCUUUGUUCAGCUUUAAUUCACUGAGUUUGUUCUGCUUUGGUUUAAAAUAUAAUUAGCAUCAACAUAUGCCAAUGUUUCUCAUAUAAUUCACUGAGUUUGAUCUUUGUUCUGCUUUGGUUUAAAAUAUAAUUAGCAUCAACAUAUGCCAAUGUUUCUCAUAUAAUUCACUGAGUUUGAUCUUUGUUCUGCUUUGGUUUAAAAUAUAAUUAGCAUCAACAUAUGCCAAUGUUUCUCAUAUAA